AUGGCGGACUUACUGGCCUCGGCGAUGGGUCAGUUGAGGUUGAAUUCCAGUGAUCUCACCCCGUCGGCCUUUGAUGCGCGACUUGUAGAAGAAGAGAAUGGCAAACAUGACGACUUGAAGCCUCGCAAACGAACCCACCCAAAUGCCGAGGACCUCUUGGCGGAAUUGGAGAAUGAUUUCUUGACCCCGUCACCACGGUUUAGUACCAAGUGGUUGAACCAUCUGCAAAAGCGAUGGGAUGUCUCGACCGACUACACCGACCUCUUCGAAAUCGCUCCCACCCAGACGCGCACCGUUACUCGAUUCACACGGGAAGGAUUGGAAGGACGGGUGACUGGAUAUCAUGAAGUUACGGUUCCUGCGACGAGCACAAAUGCAAAGAACUCUACGUCUCUCCUUCGCCGACCUGCAGGCCGUGCCGAUUUUGUUAGGGGAGCGGCGGGUUUCUUUCCCUUUGCGCCGGGUGGGUUGGACGCGGUCGAGGCCCUUGCGGCCAUGGAGGCAGAUGAUCAAACGGCAGAGCAAACGCGAAGUGGUGGGAAACAGUCUGGUCUUGACCGAAUCAUCGAUUUUGGGUCGGAGGGGGGUCUGUUGACCGUUCCACCGGGGUUCAGCCGCGGCCUGAAGCUUGAGGAGGCAAAGUCCAAGGAGGGCGUCGAGGGAGACAAGGAAGUCGAGCAUGCUCUUCUCCAAGAGGAAAGCCAUCUGCAAGUUGACGAAGCCGAACCAAAACCCGAUGUCGACCCACGGUCAAAGGUUGAGGGUGAAGACGAUAUCAGCGAUGAGGAGGAGGAAGACAUUGAUGCCUUGCUUCCCGUCGAAUUCCCUGCUCUAGAGCCACACAACCUAUUAUUGACAGGAGUUCAAAAACAAAGGGGCAGAGAAUGGGCUCACGUUGUGGAUGUGAACAAAGAUAUUCCUAACUUCAGCGAGCUCGUCCCGGACAUGGCCAGAGAGUGGCCCUUCGAGCUGGAUACAUUCCAGAAAGAAGCUGUCUACCACCUUGAAGGUGGCGAUUCGGUGUUUGUUGCAGCCCACACUUCCGCCGGCAAGACUGUUGUGGCUGAAUACGCAAUUGCUUUGGCGGCCAAGCACAUGACAAAGGCAAUCUACACGUCUCCCAUCAAAGCUCUCAGCAAUCAGAAAUACCGCGAUUUCCGAACUACAUUCGAUGAUGUUGGAAUUCUGACUGGAGAUGUCCAAAUCAAUCCAGAGGCAAGCUGUUUGAUUAUGACAACUGAAAUCUUACGAAGUAUGCUUUAUCGCGGAGCUGAUCUGAUUCGUGAUGUCGAGUUUGUCAUCUUUGAUGAAGUACACUAUGUGAAUGAUCUUGAACGAGGUGUGGUCUGGGAAGAAGUUAUUAUCAUGCUUCCUGAGCAUGUCACUCUGAUCCUCUUAUCUGCCACUGUCCCCAACACAUACGAAUUCGCAUCCUGGGUGGGUCGCACGAAGAAGAAGGACAUUUAUGUCAUUUCGACUCCCAAGCGACCCGUUCCGCUCGAACACUAUCUCUGGGCAGGGAAGGACAAGUUCAAGGUCGUCGAUUCAAACAAGCGAUUCCUGGAGAGUGGUUGGAAGAAAGCGAACGAUAUCAUGUCAGGCCAGGAUAAAGUCAAAGCUCAGAAGGCUGCCGAAUCCCAAGCGCAGUCCCAGGCUGCGCGUGGAGGAGCCGGACCUCAAGGACGAGGCCGCGGACAGCCCAAUGGCAGAGGCGGCGGUGCCCCUAGAGGCAACGGGCAGCGAGGAGGCCCACAGCAACGGGGCAGAGGGCAAGGGGGACGAGGACAACCCUCUAACCGAGGCACAGGAAAUAUUGCUCGUACUGGCCGCGGAGGCGGCAGGACGUCAGCUGCCCAGGACAGGAAUGUUUGGGUGCACCUGGUAUCCCAUCUGCGCAAAGCGGAUUUACUCCCUGGAUGCAUUUUCGUCUUUUCCAAGAAGCGAUGUGAAGAAAAUGCGGAUUCUCUCUCCAACCAGGACUUCAGCACUGCUUCAGAGAAGAGCUUGAUUCAUAUGUUUAUUGAAAAGUCUCUCACCCGGUUGAAGCCCGAAGAUAGAACGCUUCCACAGAUUCUCCGGCUUCGUGAACUGCUGAGCAGAGGGAUCGCUGUACACCACGGGGGUCUCCUGCCCAUUAUGAAAGAGAUUGUUGAGAUUCUGUUUGCCAAGUCUUUGGUAAAGGUUUUGUUCGCUACAGAAACGUUUGCCAUGGGUCUCAAUCUGCCGACUCGAACGGUUGUUUUCUCGGGAUUCCGAAAACACGACGGCAAGAGUUUCCGCGACCUUCUUCCUGGUGAAUAUACGCAGAUGGCUGGGCGUGCUGGACGAAGAGGUCUCGAUACAGUGGGCUACGUUAUCAUAACUACCAGCGGCAGAGACGAGGCACCCCCCGCUGGUGCUCUGCGGAAGAUGAUCCUUGGCGACCCGACCAAGCUUAGAUCUCAGUUCCGGCUGACGUACAAUAUGAUUUUGAACCUGCUACGUGUGGAGGCUCUCAAGAUCGAGGAGAUGAUCAAGCGGAGUUUCAGUGAGAAUGCCACACAAGCCUUGCUCCCGGAGCAUGAGAAACAAGUCCAGCUCUCGGAAGCCAGUCUCGAGAAGAUUAAGCGAGAGCCCUGUGAGAUUUGUGAUUUGGAUCUGGCAGCUUGUCAUGCGGCAGCGAUGGAGUACCAAAGACUCACGAAUGAGCUGCAUGCGGGCCUUCAAUCAUCGCCUGUAGGAAAACGGCUCUUUACAAUCAAGCGACUCGUGGUUUACCGAAAGGACGGAUUGCGCACAGCCGGUGUGCUUGUCCGCGAGGGAGUGACUGGUGGGAAUAUACCCUGUCUGCAGGUGUGCGAGAUUGGAACCAUCAGCAACAAGCGCCACCCAAGCGAUAUUCUCCCCUUCUUGCCAAAAUUCCGGCCCUUCUUCCAGCAACUGCCCUCCAGUUCUGCGAAUAUGCACUUGAAAACAUGCAAAAUCCCGCUCGCCGAUCUUGAAUGCGUCACAAACACCCAGGUGAAGCUUGGCGGGCCGAUCUGGUACUUGAACAUCAAGAAAGAGGCUGUGAAGUUCGCGGAUAAGGAGCUCACCAAGUACACCAAGUCAUGGACCGACCAUACGUGGGACGAGCUGGAUUGGGCGCGAGUCAAAGAGUUGCAAGUGCGAGAUAUACUCGAUCAGCGACAGGCCCAGGCCGACAUUGCCCAGUCCUGUCACAGUUUGAAGUGUCCUAAUUUCUUGAAGCAUUUUGAGAUGCAACAUGACGAGUGGCAGGUCAAGGAGAAUAUCUCGCAGCUCAAACAGCUCAUGUCGGAUCAAAACCUCCAGCUUCUGCCGGACUACGAGCAGCGUAUCCAGGUGUUGAGGGAACUGGGAUUUGUGGACGAGCAGUCGCGUGUGCAACUGAAAGGCAAGGUAGCAUGCGAGAUUCACUCUGCCGAUGAGCUUGUUCUCACCGAAUUGAUUCUGGAGAACGUGCUGGCAGAAUUCGAGCCGGAAGAGAUCGUCGCCCUCCUCUCGGCCUUUGUGUUCCAGGAAAAGACUGACAACAAACCCACAUUGACCCCACGCCUGGAAAAGGGCCAGGAAACGAUCGUGCGAAUCUCGGAGAAGGUCAAUGACUUCCAGGUGCUGCACCAGGUCAUCCAGUCCAGCGAGGACUCGAACGACUUCGCCAGCCAGCCGCGCUUUGGGCUUGCCGAGGUCGUGUAUGAGUGGGCCAAGGGCAUGUCCUUCAACCGCAUCACGGAUCUGACGGAUGUGAUGGAGGGAACGAUCGUGCGCACCAUCACGCGGCUGGACGAGACGUGUCGUGAGGUCAAGAACGCUGCCAAGCUGGUGGGCGACCCGUCGCUGUACACGAAGAUGCAGCAGGCGCAGGAGCUGAUCAAGCGGGAUGUGAUUUUUGCAGCGUCACUGUACAUGUAG